CCGUCUCGCGGCUGGCGCACGUACGCACGGCGAGCACAGUUGCAGUGUUUUCAAGUGAUUCAGUGACAUGUUGUGAUCGUGCAGUGACGAAAUGGAGUCGACUCCCAUCUGUAGGUGUCGCGUGCUGUACCUCGGCUCCGCGGUGCCGCAGCAGAGCAAGGACGGCCUCCAGGGCAUCCAGGAACCAUUGCGCGAGUUGUACCCGGAAAAGGGAGCGACCAGCGGCGGCAUCGACUCGUGGCUGUCCGUCUGGUCCAACGGCAUCUUGUUGGAGAACGUCGACGAGAGCGGCUCGCGAGUGGCCAGGUUUUUUCCCAUAUCGAGCCUGCACUACUGCGCGGCCGUGCGGCGGGUGACCGUCGAGGGCGCGCCGAGGUUCUUACCCUUGGACUCGCCCUUCGCCCGGGCGCCCGCCCCGCGGCGGCCUCCUUUAUUCGCCGCGGUCCUGCGCCGCACGCAAGGCAUAAAGGUCUUGGAAUGUCACGCCUUCAUAUGCCGCCGGGAGGCCGCCGCCAAUGCGCUAGUUCGGUGUUGUUUCCACGCUUACGCGGACAGCUCCUACGCGAAACGUUUGGAGGCCGAGAGGACCCCUUCGCAGCUGCCGCCGGAACCGGAUGAGGAACUCGAAGCGUUCGACGGCGACGAGAACCACAAAGUGUGGGUCGGCGAGAUCGAGCGCGACGACGUGAGCGACGACAUUCCUCACCCGACGCGGGCGCCGCGGCCUCGGCAGAUCACGCGGCCGGCGUCCGUGCCGCCGCCUCCUCCGCCGCCGGAGGAGCCCAAAAAGAAGACGGCCACAGCGAAGAAAACGAAAAAGAAAUCAUCCGCCUCGGCGGACGAGUUGUACGCGACGAUGCCGGGGCCGGCGCCGGUCAUGAACGGCAGGUCACUGGGGCGCGCGCCGCCGGCGUGGGCGGCGGGCCACCCGAUGGUGCUGGUGGCGCACCCCGCCGCCACUCUGCCGCACGCGCGCCCGGCGACCCUGGCUCACAGGGGCCGGGUACCCGCCGCGCUAGCACCCGGCCCUUAUCCUGGAGUCCCUCCAGGUAGAGGCCGUCUCCAGUAUGCAACUGUUGAUCCUCGACGCUCGAAGCCCCCGCCCCCGCCGGCCCUGAAGGCCGCUCAAAGCAUGAACGGGCUCGAAGCGGUAGAGGACUCCGGUGGAAUCUACAGGAAGAAGGGCCACUUGAACGAGCGGGCGUUCUCAUACAGCAUCAGACAAGAACACAGAAGUCGCUCCCACGGAUCUCUCGCCAAUUUAAAGUUCGCUGCUCCACCUGAGGUGGAGUCUGGUCGCGAGGAACUGAAGAAGGAGCGGGAGAUCAUGCAGCUGGUGGCCGGGCUGCAGCUCGGCUCCGACGAGGUGGAGCGCCGCGAGGUGCCGCCGCAUCUGCUUCGGGCGAGGCAUGCGCCUAGAUAACACAACGCUUCGGGAGCGGUGGUGCCAUCUAUUAACUGGACGGAGAGUCAGCGGCGUGCGCGCCUCACCUCGAUACGAAUUUCAUUCCGACUACCAAAUAAGCACUUAUCCUCUUAGCCUUAAACCAUAAGGCAAUAGAGUCCAUUAUGCGUUGUUAUAAACGCAGACACGGUCACAUUUCGAUUGCUAAAUCGUAUCGGUCGAGUUUAUGUCGAUUAGUCACGAAUACAUUCCACAUUGUACAAUAACGUACCUUCCUUAAAUCGAUGACAUCGUUAAUUUUACAUAAGUAACUUGUACAUAUAACGAGCCAAAAUAAUAAUUAAAAUAUUAACAAACAAAUCGACCAACUGGUCCUGCAGUUGUUCUUUUGUAUCUACAUUCCGCAGUUCAACAAGGAUUAAUUAAAUAUAAUUACUUUUGUCAUUACAAAUGUGAUUAAAAGUCAAUUUUACCGAUUAAAUGUUAACAAACUCCAUUGACCUUUGUACAUCUUAAGCGCCGAGGUUAAUAUGAUAAAAUUAAAUAUAAAAAUACUUAAAAAUGAUAAUUAUAAAAAGAUAAAACAGUUAUGAUUAAGUUAAAGGGUAUAUUUUUAUAGUUAGGUAAUUAUACCGUACAUUACGAAUUCGAUAUAAUUUCUAUAAAUGUAGUCUGUAUUUUAGUCACCUUAUGUAUUAAAUGUGCCUUAAAAUGAUAUAUUUAGAUGGAAAGAAUCGUUUUGGAAUCUAUGUAUCUUGGAAUAGAGAUAAUUUAAAAUUUUAUGUUUCAUACGCGAUAUUUUUUCAAGUGUAUAAGGAUACAUAGAGGACAACUUUCAGUUUAAGAGAUUUGUACAAGAAGUAGAAUGUAAAGGAUUUCUAGAAGAUACUAUGUAUGAAAAUAUGCUAUCAAAUAAAUCCAAAUGACGGCUCAAAUGUUGAAAUGACAAUUAGGAUUCGAGUUAAACUCAUUAAUACAUUUAAGCUUGUUUAUUCAAACCAGAAACUUGAUUUAUUUUUGAGUGUAGAUUCGUGAUAGAUAGACUUGAAUGUAAUUUCAUAACACGGGCAUACAAUUACAAAAUGUGUUUCUAACUACUACUAUUAAGCCUAGAUGUAGGCCUUCUUGGAAACAUAUUUUGUGUUGGACAUAAAAUUUGUUAACAUAUUUCGUGAAGUCUUCAGAAAUCAGUAGUCAUUAAGGAGCGAAUAUAUAAUAAGUACCUAUUACUGAUCCUGAAUACUAGUACUGUAUUGAGAAAAUAAUUAUUGAAGUAAGCACUUCGUUUUUAUUUGCAUUUGUUAUAUCAUAACACUGAAAUUGUCUCCACUAAAAGUACUUAAUUAGGUAAUCUAUUUUAUUGUUUAUCCUAGAAUGUGUAUUUAAUAAAUGUAGCAGCAAGUAUUUGCUACAUAGAGAAUUAGUGUUUAUCGAAAAGAUAUUACAUGAUGGCAGAUUUUUGAUGAACCUUUUUAUGCUGAAGAAGUUAGAGAAAGCUGUCUUUUUAUUAAGAAAAUAGGUCCAAACUUCGUUUCUUUCAGCACGAAUACCCUGGAAAUGAUUUUGUCAUUUGGUAGCCGAUUUUAGGAAAAAUGCGGGAAAAUCUUGAAUUUUCCAGGGGAAAAUUCCACUGGUUUUCAAAUACGACGCAAAAUAAAUAAGAAUUACAAAAAUAAUUAAAAGUAUUGUCGUUUUUUGAACACUGAUGAUAUUACGGAAUUUUGCUGUCAUUGACAAAAUCGUUUUUAUAACUUUUAUGGUUCUAAAGUGUUAAAUUUCAAACAAUAUCUACACAUUAACUGAAAAUUUUGUAAUUUGGAUAUUUUUUUCUUAGACACAUUCAAGCUACCUGGGACUUCCCAGUUCUGUUUCUUUUCUCACAUUGUUCCAAAUUUUCUGACACCAUCUCUAUAUUUAACUUAAAACAUGAAUUCCUAAAAAAAAUAUUCAUACAAGCCAGGAUUUUUUAACUGGUCAUAUUCCAAGUUAGUUUUAGAAUGGCCAAUACCUAAUGUUCCUUAUUCACUAGGGUUCAAAUUUUCAAAAGUGUUUAGAAAAGUAUUAUGGUACCACUGAUGUCAGUUGAAGGAAAAUGCAAAAAAACCUGAGGUGGCUGAAAUAAUUUGGUCGACAGGCAACAUCGACAAAAAUAAUGUUUUUGUUGAUAACAAGAAUUUUAAGAAAAUGUAAUUUGAAAAUAUUUUAAAAAUGACAUUAUAAGAAAAAUAAAAUAAAAGGUAAAAUCAUUUUAAAAAUCAGUAAUAAUCCACGAACACAUAAUUUAGGCUAUGAGUGCCAUUAAUGUUAUUUCGUUUUAUGUUCGUAUUAUUUAAUGUUAUGAAUAUUGUAAAAUGUAUUUUGUAUUAUAGUUCCCUUUUGUAUAUAAAGGUCCAUGAUUAUAAAACUGGUUUCUAAAUAAACAACGAUGUAUGAAAUUCUUUUAAUAUUUCAAAUAAUAAACUUAGUUUUUAAUA